CGUCACGCCUGCAGCCGGGCUGCCCCUUUGGGAAGCGGAGAGUUGAGGGGCACAGGGGCUGGGAGGCCGCCAGAGCCCUGAGCCAUGAGGACCUACUCGGACAUGGGCGUCUGCGUGGAGGCGGCAGAGCUGAGCAAGACCGAGUUCAGCAACCCGGCCUUUGAGCCCGAACCCGGGCUGCCCGGCGUCACACCAGCCCCUCGGGAGGACGCCAGCGGGAUGCCCCGAGUUCCCUGGCCCGGUCGGCGUCCCCGGGAGCUGCGUGCCGACUGCCGCUUCUCGGGGCUGUGCACACUGCUGCUGGCCGGCCUGCUGGUACUGCUGGCCGGCCUGCUGGUGGCCGUCAUCCUGGCCCAGCUGCAGGCACCACCAUCCUCGGGGGUCGCCCAUCGUCCACUGCCUGCCCGGCGUCCCCCCAGCCCCAGCCCCAGCCCCACUUCUCAGGCUACCGUGCCCCCCAGAGGGCAGCAGGAAGCAAGCGGGAGCCCCACGCCCCAGCCCACUUGUGGGGGGCUCCUUCCCGGCCCCCAGGGCUUCUUCAGCAGUCCCAACUACCCGGACCCCUACCCCCCCAAUGCCCACUGCGUGUGGCACAUCCGAGUGACCCCUGGCCAGGCCAUCCAGCUCCGGAUCGAGACGCUGAGCAUGGAGAGUGUGGCUUCCUGUCUGUUUGAUCGCCUGGAAAUCGCCCCGGAGCCUGAUGGGCCCCUCCUCAGGGUGUGCGGGAGGGUGCCGCCCCCCACCCUCAACACCAACACCAGCCGGCUGCGGGUGGCCUUUGUCUCAGACGGCAGCGUGGCCGGCUUUGGCUUCCACGCCUGGUUCCAGGCCGUGGCCCCAGGACACGGGAGCUGUGCCCAGGGCGAGUUCCCCUGUGACCGGGGCGUCUGUCUGCUCCCCGACUCCGUGUGUGACGGCUUUGCCCAGUGCGCCGACGGCAGCGACGAGCUGGACUGUGGGGCCAGCAUCUCAGGGUGUGGGGGGAACCUGACGGGGCUCCAGGGCACCUUCUCUGCGCCCCGCGCCCCACAGCACCCUCACCAGCAGUUUUGCACCUGGCACAUCUGGGUGCCGGCAGGCCACAGCCUCCAGCUGCAGUUCCACAACUUCAGUGUGGCGGCCUCAGAGCAGUGCCGGCGGGACUACGUGGAGGUGUACGAGGGCAGCCGCCCCGAGGCCCUGGGCCUCCUGGGCAGGUUCUGCGGAGGCUCCGAGCCGCCCAGCCCUCUGCGCUCCGUCCACCCGCGCCUGACGGUGAUCUUUCGGACACAGCACGCCGGAAGCGGGGGCUUCUCCGCCGCCUUCAGGGCGCUGAACCACACGGAGAACCCCUGCGGUCCCGGAGAGCUCUCCUGCCUGGACAAAAGGUGCCAGGGUCUGCGGUGGCCGUGCGAGUCGUGGGGAGACUGUAAGAACUGCAGCGGCGCCCUGCCCCCGCCCCCAGGGCUGACGUGCGAGCCGGUGCGCGUGGAGAUGUGCGCGGGGCUCAGCUACAACAGCACCGCCUUCCCCAACAUCUGGGGGGGCGUGGCCACGCAGGCCGAAGUGGCCGAGGUCCUGCGCGGGUACCAGAGCCUGACCAGUCUGCCCUGCUACCCGCACUUCCGGAGGCUGCUCUGCGGGCUGCUGGUGCCCCACUGCACCCCUCAGGGCAGCGUGUUGCCCCCCUGCCGCUCUGUGUGCCAGGAGGCCGAGCACCAGUGCCAGUCUGGCCUGGCACACCUGGGCACCCCCUGGCCCUUCAACUGCGACAGGCUACCUGAGGCAGCGGGUGUGGACACCUGUGCCAGGCCCUGA